ACAGCCUCCGGCCAGGCGGGGGAAGCGCAGCAGCGACUCAGCCGCCGUCAGCGCCGCUCCCGGUCGCCCGACCCACGACUAAUAUCGGCAGCGGCCGCUGAGCGGCGCCAAAAGAGCACGGCCGGAUCAGCGCCGCGAACGGUCUGCUCACGGCUGGCACUGCGGCCGGACCAUGUUCAGCAUCAACGGCUGGCGCCCAGAAUCAACGGUUCUGUGUCGGUGCGCCAUCAAAUCCAGCUGAUGGGGGAGCGUCUGGCGCAGCAGCGGCAGCAGACGCAGGCGGCACUGGCUCAGGUCAGCCUGGUGCGGGACCAGCUGCAGGCUGAGACGGCUGCCCGGCUGCAGGCGCAGCACAGCUCAAACCAGCUGCUGGUGCACAACCGGCAGCUGCUGGAGCACGUGCAGACCCUCAUCGGAGAGCUGCAGGCGCUAGAGGCGGCUCCGCCGGACGCCGCCUCGCCGGACGCCAGCUCCACCAGCCUCAGCUCGGAGGAGGCGCGCCGGCCAGCGGCCGGGCCCGACCGGCACCGGCUGCCCACCACCACCGGCGGCGGCACCCACCACAGCCAUGCGGCUCGCGUUCGGGACCUCGCGAAAUAGCGACAGAGCUGCCCGGGCGGCCAGCUUUUAAAACCACGCACUCGCCGUUCGUGCGGCGAGCCGGCUGCGAUGCUAUGACCUCUGUUUGUCUGCUCUGACUGACUGAUCAGUGACUGUCUGACUGACUGAUGACUGCUCCUGACAGACGGGUUUCAGACUGUUCGCUGCCCCCGCCUGCCUCAUGCCGCAUGAGAUAGAUCGCUGCGCCGCUGUGCACCGCUUGUUAGCUACGCUUGUAUGUCCGAGGGCUGCGACAGUCCGCUGGCCGGUGCUGGGAUGCCUGGCAUGGUCAGAACUGG